AAAAGUGGUCUGAUGUGACAUUGCCAUAGAAACGGAAAUUAGAGAGGGAGAAAAUUCAAACCGAGAGCAAGUUCGCGCUAGAGCGAGUGCCAGUCAAAACAAAACUUCUGAUCCACCGUUUUUCGCAAAAUUGAUCUCAAGAAAUAAGUUACUCGAUAUCUGGUCGCUGUGAAAUUAUUCCGCGUCAUUUUUUCAAUGGUUCUUCGCUGCAAUCGUUGCAACUCCAGUGUCAAAUUGUUUGUUGGGUUGCGUAAGUACACGUGUUAAGUACAUUUUUAAUCAACAGGUCACGCGAUAUGAAAGUGAAAAGUUCCGUAAACUGUGUCACUGCAUUUGUUUUUUAACUUUUCCCCCUCAAUGAAUUUGUUAAUAAUCGCUAACAAAACAGCGGAAAUGACGCAUAAAACAAGGAAAUACCUUAGCGAUAUUGCGUAGCUUGCGGUCGAAAGUUCACUUUUUGCAUAUUUAUGUUUGUCUUUUUCCAAGUAAGUUGGAACAAUAGCAACAAAAGAAGCGCGCAGACAAUUUAUAACAAGGCCAUUUAAUGUUCGUGAUGUUGUUAAUCAUGUUACAAUAUUUUGAAAAUAUUUGCUGUUUGAAUUAGCGCCCUCACCGGGAAGCAAAUUAAAAAUUAUCAUUCACACUGGAUCAGCUGAAGACGACAGGCAUGCAUAAAAAGGUGCAGAAAGCUUGGGCCUCGUCGUGUGUGGUAAUUCUUUCACUAAAACCUCGGUUUGUUUAAAAUUUGAACGAGUACAGCCAUACAAUUUUUUUUCCGGUUCUGAAGAGAGACUGCUGCUUCCGAUGUCACAAUGUUGUUUUCUUUGUGUUUAGGUUUUGUAUGCCCGUCCUCUGAGGAUCGAGGGCAGAAGUUUUGUAGACCUGGAUCAGUAAAAAUCUUGGGAUACAUAAAUAAGUCCGGGCAGGUUGGAUGAACACGUAAACCAUUCGUGCCAGGUUUCACUAUUAAACAGGAUUAUGUCUUGACCGAAUUAAUCCCGCAUGAUAUUCCAUUAUUUUACUCACAAUGUUUGGUUUUGUUCAGAGAAAAAACAGAUUACGCAGGUGAUGGUCUUGAUAUAUAUACAUUCUCUAAAACACUUGGUAACAGCUGGCUAGCAAACGAAAGCCAUUGGACAGAAAUGUGGACCUAAAAUUCCAAAUAUGUCAUGGAAUAUAACAGAGAAUUAUCUGAAAGGGGGCAAAUUUCAGGUAAUAUUUUCGCCUGAGGGGUGUGGGUAUAGAAUCGGUGAUCAAAAACGUCGAUUAAAAUCGGAGAUCAUGCGUUCGGUUUCUUUUUGGGAUGAACGUUCACCUCUGGGUUUUUUGGUGUUAAUCGGUGGGGCGGAUGGAGGGCGGGGCGGGGGGAGGGGGAGGCAGGGGGAACAAGGGUGAAUAUGGAAAAGGAGGCUCUGGCCAAAGGAGUCUGCUUUAAACUUCUUAUGAGAGGGGGGGGGGAAGUGUGCACCUUUUCUGGGAGGCUUUAAAAGGCUGCGGUAUUUUUGGGGAAGGCAAGUUAAAUCCUGGAGGUGUUAAAAAGAAUUAAGCUUGGCCGUGGUAAUUUAAGUACCCCCACCCCUCUCAUUGUUGAAGACACUGAUAAGACAAACCUAUCGCCCCUCCCCCUACCCCCUCCCCCUUCCACGCUGAUGGUACCACAUACAUGCAAAGAUUGCAGUCAAUGUCACAACGUAUUGGUUAGAUUAUUCGAACAUAUUAUUCCGCUGUGACUUGAACAAUGAAAACUGGGCAGUACGUAAAAUAUUGGAGGAUCUUUACAAAUGCUUGAGGUGAAAUUUUCCUGCCCAACCCUACUCGUCUCCAUGCGGGUGUGGCCUGACGGAAAGUCAUCAGCGACGGAACGAAAGAGUGGUUACCAAGUACAUUUGCAUAAUUUUACCGUUGCUCAAGUCAUUGCCUUUUCAACGUACUUUCAUGUAUUCUAGGGCUGUUUCAUCAAAAUGCCUCGUAAAAGAAGCAAAUCCAAAAUCUCUUUCAAGAUAUUUUCUACCGAAAACUAUUCGAAGUUCGCCAAUAAAUUUCCAUUCCUAGAGGAACGACAGAUCAAAGCGAAACUGCUUCAAGCUUGGAGAAACCGGUUUACUACUGAAACGAAAAAAGCCAAAGGCGAGUUCAAGAUCACCAAGCAUCUGAAUGAAGCCCCGUUUAAUGAAGCUAAGCUUGACACACCAGCGGCGAACAAAGAAGAUGCUUUUGAUAAACCACCUAAAUGCUCACCUCUUAGAACAUAUGCCAACAGACGUUACAACAAUGGAAAACAAAACCAAACUGCAAGUUCAGCAAAUGAUAAAUGUAACUCGGUUUGUGUCUCUGGCGCUUCAAAGAUGGAAGACAACAAAGCUUGGAAGGAGUCUCACACUGGCAACGAAAGAAACCAUCAAAACGAACUUAUCAAUCUAUUUGGGGAGAUAAACGCUGAACAACUUUUAAUAGAACCUGGAGAUAUCUCCGAGGCUGACAGCGAGGUCAUAACGAGCGCUUCUGUGUAUUUUAACCACAAGGAGUGGCUACAAAAACUGGACAAGGAAGUGCAGGAUGAAAAGAAAAGUAACACGGUGUCUGGGAUGUUCAAAUGGAGAGCGGACAAGAAAAGGAAAAUUUCUCAGAAAAACAAGGAGGAAAAGAACAGCUACGAUUCCAGAUUUCUCGUGAGUAAUGAAAGUGAAGGUUGCAGCAACUUCUUCAGUAUGUUUGAUGAACAGGAAGACAUCUUUCUUUAAUCAAGAGAACAGGGAUUGUAUUUUAAACAAUAAAACUGCUACCACGUAAACAUGCGUAAAGAGUUGUGUUACUUUGUUACAUACCUCUCCGCAAUAAUUUGUUUUAAUUUCCCUUACAUUCUUUUAAAUGGCAAAUCGAAGUAACAAACCUUAGUUAUAGUUAUAAAGUACCAAAAAAUCUUCUAGGCUUAAUUUAAUACCACAACGGGGAAAAAAUUACGGAAAUUUUUCUUCCUUUUAAAACUGCUAUGGAUUAUUGCUAUAUUUUUGUUGGUUUUCCAGUCGCACAGCCAAUCAACUCAAAGUCCAGGGUACACCAGAGCGGCUGAGAAUGCAAAUUGCACGUGCCUUUGCUGGCCUCCGAUUGGCUGAGGACCUUACAAAACCAAUACAACGGGGGCUUUCCAUUUGACCAAGAAAAAAAAAAAAAAAAAAAAAAA